AUGCGUUCUCGUCGUGACCUUUCGCGUUCUUCCAGCAAAGGCUGUUUGAAAAGAGUGGUUAUCGAGGGUUUGAAACCGCCUUUCGACAAGGAUAACACUAUCCGCACUUGGCUUGCAAGAUAUGGGACCGUUGAAGGCAAGCACAUCGAAAGAUUUUACAACAGCCUUGUCGUCAAGUUCUCUUCGGAACUACAGGCAGCAGAAGCGGUUCGGUGUGAGAACGGGAUUCGCAGCUCAGGCUCUAACAUCAAGGUGCACCUCGCUGACUCGGAAACAAUACGGCAGCUCAUUCAAAGGCAUUCCAGACGGAAGAGGUCUUUAUCGCAGCAACAGAGACGCAGUACUAGUUCUAGAUCAGAGUCGUCCACGAGACCUGCUCGCAAGCCUCGUUUGAAAACGUUGGGCUCUCGUGGCCUAGAUGUCAAGAGCCAGGCGCCCAAACGCGAAUCAUCAGCUCAGGAGUCGAGGGAGGCAACGACUUCGGCACAACCGCAACAUCAGCGUCAUUCUCGUCAACGCUUCUCCACUUCUCAAAGUUCCAACGAAUAUGACGUGGCUGUAUUGGCCAUUACGCACGACCUGGUGCAGUACGCGGAAACGGUGCAGGCUCUGCUCCAUCGCCGCGCCAUCGAGGAGGGAAGCUUGCUUUUAGACCACGAUCGGCAAAAGCAACAGCAGCAGGAGGUGUCGGAACUGCAUUUCCGCUCACCCAGGGUGAAAAUCAUGGUAUUGAUGAGUGUGGACCAUAUCGCGCCCUGUAUGCAGGACCUUGGGGAGGAGGGUGUGCUCUUCGCCAUCCUCCUCAACGUCGCCAACAUGACGCACAACUCGUGCACUCUUCGUAUCCUACACUCCUCUACGCAACAGGAACAUCGCAACAUGCCGCUACCCGAUGCAAUAGACCUGCUUUUGCGAGACUUCGCUGAUUACCUGGAAGCCGAAGCAGCUUCUUCGGCUGGCAGCGUUGCCGUUUUGAAAGCAUCCUCCCCGCUUCCUCUGCCGGCACCACUAUCACCGACUUUUCAACAGCAUUUACAACAAUCGCAUCAGCAGCAAAGUCACCAGCAAACGCAUCACCGUCGUCGCUGUUGCCGUCAUCGGCAUCGACACACCUCCCUCUCGUCCCUCUCCACUUGCACCUCUAUCUCCUCCUCAUCACUGUCCUUCAGAAGUGCCUCCUCCUCGGCCACCUCUUCGUCAAACCACCUGCAGAAAUCGAGGCGAAAGUCCCAUCAGUCGCAACAGCAGAAGCAACUCCGUCUACACCAUCGCCAUCACCAUCAACAACAACAGCAUUCGACGAGGGAGGAGGCAGAUACAUCUGUAACGGCGUUGGGGGCAGAAACGAUUCCAGCACCGGACGAUCCCAACUUCUUGGCGCCAUCGCGUCAUGUCGCAGUGCUUCUUCGCAUGCUAGCCGAUUCGCGCAUUCUCUCGGUAGGCGAGUUGGACGAAAUUUCCGCCUUCAUUGCUCAACGCCGUGCACGAUUGACCAGCGAACUCACUGCAGCCGAAUCAUUGGUGCACCGCUUGCCUUCCUCACCCCACUUAUACAUCGACACAUCAGAGGCGUUACAGAUGAAUGAGACGGCCUUCUCAAGUGCCAGCGAGGUGAUCGUCACACCAAACGUUGGACCAAAGGAGCCGGAGUUUUUACACAGAGAAGCACUCCCCGUUAGCCGUUACCAGGCCAUAUUCAGCGACCCGUCUAAUCGACGUCGUCUGCGAGCUCACCGCGGCUUGAGAGGAAGGCCAUCUGCGGAUUCAGGUGUCUUGUCGUCCUCGGGCAGAGUUGGCGAGCUCACCUCAUAUACUUCACAGAAGGAAGGUUUCCUCUGUGAAUGCCAGAGCUUGCGAAGAGUGGGGACAGAAGAGAGGAAAGGACUGCCAGAACUGCGUCGAUCGGCUAUCGACAUAUCGCCCAUCGGUGGACCGUGGAAGUUUGUGUGCCUCUGGGAAUACCUUGUAGCAAUGAGCCGCUGUAACUCCAUCUGUUGUGGUCCCUACUGUUCCACCCUUCCUUUCUGA